AUGAGAGUCUUUACCGCUCGACAGUCCAGACUUUCCUGGCUGUCUUUGACUGUAUUGGCAGCAUUCUUUAUGUGUAUCGGACUCAUCCAUGGUCACCCAUCCUCCGGAAGCAACCUGCAUCAACUGAGUUAUCGAGGCGCUGGUGACUCGAAGCCGAAGCCACCAAAAGGCCCCAAGCCUCCUAAGGGGGGUGAUGGGCCGUCCGUACCCCCUCCCACGAGUGGACCUUCGAAAGGAAAGAAAGUCGGUUUCAAGAAGAACGUGGACAGACUUCCUAAGUUUGAGUUGCCAAAGGAGCCAUUGGUCGCCUACCGUGGCGAGACGCGAGAUCCUACUGUCAUUGAAGCAGCGAAAGGUUUCUUUCCACGAGACCCUGAGCGAGCUCUCACUGCAGAGGAGGCAGAGGCAGGCAGCGGCAUAUACUCUCAUGUCGCUGAAAAGAUCGUCAAGGACUACACCAAGUAUGUGUCGACGUCCAUGGACCCGGGCGCCGCCAGCGACUUUGGCAAAUCCACGGGAUACGUGUAUGUGGUAGCUCCAGACCCGAAGAUGAUCAAUGUUCCAGAGACCCUUGGAGAGUUCAUGCCUGCUCAGUUCGCCAAAGAGAAUGAGCUCAUAGCGGUAGGACAGAUUCCAUUUGAACAAGUUAGGGGCUGGAUUAAGAAGAGCACCACGAUUCGAGCUGGCGAUUGGCUAGCGCUUCGAGAGCAUGGCCAUAAGCUAAGCGGAGGGCCGCUCUCGGACGACCUGAAGAAGAAGAUUGGCAACAUUGCCAACGCGUACACGCCGAACAAGAAAUACGAUGCCGCGAAAUAUGACAAGACUCGAGCGAGCGGUGGACGUCCGGAAUUGGCCGGGUUUCCCAAGGAUAGCCCGGCGUGGAAGAAGGAGCCUUGGAAGCAGUACCAAAACAAGAAGGUUUCUGAGAGCCUCACAGAGUUCCUGAAUGAAGUUGUCUGCGACAAGGUGGAGGCUUGCGUCGAGGCGCAGUUGGCUUCCAAGCCCGGUGAGGCUGGUGUGCCGAAUCCAUACUUGGACGUGGACCCUCCCUGCAAAGAAACUGAUCUCAAGAAGAGACAAGAAGGAGAAGCAUGCCGCCAGUUGACUGAAGAGGAUGAGACUGAGACAGACGAUCAAGUACCAGAAGAGGAUGAGACUGAAACGGACGGACAAGUACCAGAAGAGGGGACAGAACCCUCUGAGGGCACUGAACCUGAAGCGCCCGGGAAUGCAGAGGAAGGUCUCGGCGCCGAGGAGAAGUUGGACCUGGCCCGAAAGACUUCAGAGGAAGUGUUUGAGGACCUCUUCACCUCUCGCAAGCUGAGUGAAAAAGCCGCCGAGUGGGGUUUGAAGGUCCAAGAUGCCCGUACCCGUGUAUUAGGCUACAAGCCACUCACAGAGGCGUCUCCGCACUUUUCGCUCUCCAAGGCCGGACUGGCUCUUGAGGGUGCUGGUCUCGUUGCCUGGGGUGCCGGAAUGGUUCAAGCCUUUACUUCCAACUCGACGGGCUGGGAGCGGGCCGCAGCCGUGACUGCCCUUGUCCCCUUUGUUGGGUGCGGAUUCAACGCCAUUGCCGAGUCCCAGACCAAGGAAGGCAUCGACGUCAUUGACCAGAUGAUGUGCAUCACGGCCGAUAUCUUAUUGUUCACCCCGCUCGCACCCUUUGCCUUUGUGGUCCAAGUCUUUAGGGUGAUUAAUGGCCUGUUCAAGACAACGUCGGUUCCCAAGGCCGAGGAGGUGCAGGCGACUCGCGACAAGGCAUGGAGCAAGAUUCUUGAUGACAAAGUCUAUACAUACUACUACUCGGACGACUCACUGUCUCGCAACAGAAAGUUCCGCGACAAGUUGAACGGCACUCUGUGGGCAGACAGCAUGGCUAUUGUGUCUGACGCCGCCGAUCUUAUUGCGGCCGCAAACGCGACUAUGCAGGCUUCUGCAAAGUCUCCCAAUGUGGACAAGGACCAGAUCAACGCCGUGGUUCUGAAUGUCACCGAUCAGAUCAAGGCACAGAUUCCGUCCAAGGUUGCCGUCAGGCAGCGAGAGUUUCUGCUGCAGCUGCCGCAGCUCAUCAAGCAGGGGACAGAUCUGUCGGUCCAUAAGAUGGCGGAUCAGUUCAACAAUGAAACCAUCACUCACCUCACAUCAGACGCCAUGGUUAAGCAGUAUACACCAACGGUCUUUGUGCCACCUGGUGACCCUGCAGGUCCCGAUCUGAAGGAAGGUGUCCGCGGCGAACUCGGUGCCGUCGCCGCGCAUCUGGAGAAGACGCCACUACCCUUACCGAAGCUGUUUGAUGUUGCCUACGUUCUCGGACAGUCCAAGGGCAUGCAGGAUAUUGAUUCUCUGACGCUGAACCCGGGCGAAUUCAUCAAGUCGCGCGCCCCCGAGAUGUCCCCGGACGACGUCGACUCAUACGCGCUGUUCCACGCGCUGCAGAUUUCCAUGCUGCUGCGCGGCAGCGUCUCUGAAGACAAGCUGUCCAAGCUCUGGCCGACCGACGACAAGAAGACGGUGCAGGAGCUGCAGCUCCUCCUCGCGCUCAAGUUUGGCCGGGUUUUUGACUCGCAAAAGAUGGCAGCAGCCGCUCAGCUUGCAGGCCAACACCCGACCCCGCAGGAGGAGAAGUUCAUGACGCACCCGAGUAUCCCGCCGCUCAAGAUUGCGCCAGAGUCGAUGGCGUACAUUGGUCUGAUUCUGGAACUCAGCGAGGAGCGCAUCAAGACUGUGCCCCAUCUCAAGGAGGAGGUUGGCUUCAAGGAGCUAGGCACCGACGAGAAGCUGAUCAUGGCCAUGCUGGAAAAGGCAAAGGAGCUCUACGUCGAAAGGGACAAGGAGAUGACCCUUCCCGAGGAAGGUCAGGCUGCUCCGGAAGGUCAGGCUGCUCCGGAAGGUCAGGCUGCUCCGGCUGCUUAA